AUGCAUUCGCUUCACUAUUCUGACUCUACUCUCACUCCAUUACUCCUUCUCCUCUACUCCUCACAUUCUGAGCAAAACUCUCUACACUCAGCAGUCUCUCACUUCUCUCUACUCUCUCUCUCUCAACUCGAUCUCUCUCUCUAUCUCUCAAUCUCCUCUUCUCACCUCUAUCAAUAUCAUCUCUCCCUCACUACGUCCCUCCCCCUCACCUCUCCUUCAUCUUAUCCACAAUCUCACCACACCCUCAAUCACCAUCCGCUCGCCCACACACACACACACGCAACACCCCUACACUCUCUCCUACCUCUCUACCGUCCACACUACUCAACACCUCACGUCAACACAACCCACACGAAAUCAACACCCCUACCACACAACUCACACCCACCUACCCACUCGGCAACACAUAGAACAUCUGCCCCUCUCCAUACACACUCCCUUACACCUACUGGCACGCACCAACACACAUCCGACUUCAUCCCACACAACCCUACAGAACUCGCACAACACAAAACCUUUCUCCUCACAAUCAUCAACACGUCUCACAUUCCAACACCCAACACAACUAACUCACACCUCAACAACACAACACACUCACACUCACACUCCCAAAAACACCACCAUCACUACGGACACGUCUCUCUCCACCUCAAUAUCCAUCACUCCCACACUCAUUUCAUCCUACAACACCCACCUUGCACUCGUCCAACUCACGCAUCACACUCUCCUUCUCACUCUCCAUCACUCCACCCACUCACCCACUCUACACCUCACAAACUUCUCACUCAAUACUACAUCUCUCACACUCACACUACAUCCUCACUCUUUCACUAUCCAUACAAUCCUACGCAUGAUCUCUCUCUUUCUCUCUCUCUUUUAGGAAGUCUCACACACUCACUAUUACACAGACACCACUCCUUCGGUUCAACACCAACUAGACUCUUCCCCCACCAUUCUCCCCCCUCCUCACUCACUCUUCACUCCACCACGGUUCAACACACCUUCCUCUCUACACACACACACCCACUACAUACUCACCGUCACCCCCACCACCCACGACCUCCACCUUAUCUCUCCCACCUCACUGAUUCUCAUCGCUCUCACCAACACUAA